AUAGUCUGUUCAAGCAGAAUUUAGUUGAUUUUUAAAAUGACAUGUCCGUACUUUCAAUGCUUUGAAUGCAUAUCAAUUUUAAAUUCAUUCUGCGCUUAGCUUUCGUGUCCUUUUUUCCAUGGUAUUUAAACGUACCUGCAGUUUAUUAUAGACGUGAUAUUUUGAGAGUUUUUGAAUUUAAAUUGUGUUAUUUUUAUAUUUAGAGCAGUUUGCUGCCAUAAAGUUUUGCAUAUUGUUCUGCAUCCUCAUAAAUUUGGUAUUGGUGAUUCAUGUACUCAUCCUUUUCAAAUGGUUUGAACUUCAAUUAUUUGCAUAUCACUAGUCUCAUAGUUUUGCAGGUCCUGUUGUCAUUUUAUUACACUAUCCAUGUUAUAUUAUUUGAUUGUAGCUCUGUGCGUGAACCAUUCAUUGGAAGGUAUGGAGUUUACAGCUGCACUAUGUGACCUUAGGCUUCAUUAAUUUAUUUUUUUCCCUUUUGUUAUAAAUGUAAAUUAGAUGGCUUUAUACUUAACUUGGCAGCAGCCAGCUAAUUUUAGAGUGGAACAUUUUUGAGAUUUGAUGAGGGUCAGCAAUGCCGAAUUUUAAUGGACCCAUUUGAGGCAUUAAGAUGGGGUUUGUAUUCACAUGAAUCCUUUUUGUGCAGAUUUGUGAAGGAUGCUUUAGUUUAUACUUGAGCAUGCUAACAGUUAUACAAAUUGUAAAAUUUUAAAAGCAAUAUUUGUGGAGGUACCAUCUGAUUACGGAUAUUGAUGCUUCGUGGUUGUGGUAUGACUUGGGGUUUUGAAAUUUGAUUAACAUUUUAUAGUUGUAGAAGUUUACAUUUGUAGUUGUUCACAAACAUGCACAGAGUUCAACCACAUACUCUCACAGCUCCCUCUUGCAUAUGCUUGCACAUGCCACUGCUUUAGUUUCCAACAACUGGGAAGCCCAUGAUGUUGAUGAGUUUUGAAUUAUUUCUUAGAUGUAGUCUUUUGUGAUGCUAGAUGACUAUGGGUAUUGAGUUGCCAUAGGUUUAACAUUUAGCUACGCUCAUCUGAACAAAGUGCUAAGGCAGCUACAUCAUACUUGUUGUGAAUUCAGGUGUUGAUUUAUCUGUUUUUUAUCCUUUAAUUCAGUCAUUGGCAUUUCUCAGGAUUAUAAACUUAUUUUUGCAUUUAGAUAUAUGGUUUUUUUUAUUGUUCCUGUAAUGUGGAUUGGCAAUAUAUUUUAUGUUGCCUGCUAAUUAUAUGAAUUUAACCUGUGGCAUUUAGGAAUGCUAUUUCUCUCUUAUUUCAGCCUUCAAUGCAGGUUGGGAGUAAUUUCUGAGCAGCUAGCGAGGUAAAGAAGUGCUGUUUAUAUGCUGAGAAAUCUGUUGUGGGCUACAUCAAAGCACGAUGUGUACCUCAUGCAAAAUUACUCAGUAAUGCAUUGGUCAUCACUGCUACGCAAAAGCAAAGAAGUGCUGAAUGUGGCUAAGCCAAUUGUUCCCAGCCUGAAACGUCAUGGAUUGCUAUCUCAACAACUCUUGAGGGUGCAGAUUAGCACUAUGGCAGUUAAAGAAAAUUUAAUGGUGGCAGGUGGUUUUCAGGGGGAGCUUAUUUGCAAGUAUUUAAAUCAACCCAGGGUGGCAUUCUGUGCAAAAUUAACUACCGAUGAUAAUGCAAUCACCAAUGCGGUGGAUGUGUACGGUGAUCCUAGUGGUGCAAUGAGAGUUAUGGCUGCAAAUAAUGAUGCUCAAAUCAGAAUAUUUGAUGCUGAAACUUUUGCUAGCCUUAAUUGCUUCUCAUUCGACUGGUCUGUAAAUAAUACCUCUGUAAGUCCAGAUGGCAAGUUCCUUGCGGUCCUUGGAGAUAGUGUGGAGUGCCUGAUUGCUGAUGCUCAGUCUGGCAAAGUCACCAGCAGCCUAAAAGGUCAUUUGGAUUAUUCUUUUGCUUCAGCUUGGCACCCUGAUGGGCACAUUCUGGCAACUGGGAAUCAGGACACCACAUGCAGAUUGUGGGACACAAGAAACUUAUCCAAGUCCCUUGCUAUAUUGAAGGGAAGAAUGGGAGCAAUUAGAGCUGUCAAGUUCACAUCAGAUGGUCGGUUUCUGGCCAUGGCUGAGCCAGCUGAUUUCGUCCACGUCUUUGAUACAAAUUCAGGUUAUGUUAAUUGCCAAGAAAUCGAUCUUUUUGGUGAGAUUGCUGGAAUAUCCUUUAGCCCAGAUACAGAAUCUCUCUUCGUUGGGGUCGCUGAUCGAACUUAUGGCAGCUUGUUGGAGUUCAACCGCAGGCGGUAUAACCAGUACUUAGAUUCCAUCUUGUAAAUCCCCCAGUAUCUAUUAGAGGCAGAUUAUUGUAAAUAUUUUAGGGGUAGUUUCAAGAUUGCCUGGAUAGCUGUGUACUAGCAUAUAAUAUACCUUUCCGGGCGAGAGGGAGCAGAUUUAGUUUAAAUUGUUGCCUCAGUAAGUUGUUUCUGUGAAGUUGAAUUUUUUUACCGACACAAACGAAUGAAAUUUUUUGCUUUUGUAAAGCUGCUGGCAGUCGUAUGUUUAUCUUCAAUACUUCUUCCUUUCGGGCCGCCAAGAAAUACUCUGAUGUAGUUCAAUUUGUAUCCUUUGCCGAUAAAGUGAAAUAAGUUUCCAAGUUCAAAACAAACCACAAACAGAAAAACGGCAAGCAAAUGUUUCUUCUCUUUUUUUUCUCUAUGGAGCAGGACGGCUUCAAAUUAUUUUAUUAGGUAUCGGUCAAAAUGUCGCGCUAAAACUUGGUUCCAAUUUUUUGACCAAAGUUAAAUGUUUUACUGCUAUCUUUCUAACAUCCGCUGUCGUGCGACUAUAAUUCGAGAUUUGCCUUAAACCCGUAUUAAAGGCU